GCUAGCUCUCUUUAACGGCCUGUGCCAUCUCUAGCUGAAAAAAUGGCUGAAAUUGGAGUGUGUGUGUGAACAAACUGUGUGUGAAAAAUUUGCGUUUGAAACCAAUUUGAAAAUACAGGCGUUGCGGCGACAAAACCGCUGCCCCUCAUCCACUGCCCACCGCAGCUGCCUGGCCCGCGUGAGCACACGGAGCAGGAGACCGAGCGAACGCCAGACGGAGCGCCGAAAAAUUUGCGAUUGAUGCCACUCUCGGCACUCAGCGGCCUGCAAUUAUAGACAAGCAAGCGCAAGAAGCUAGGCGAACACACCGACUACGUUCUGGGCGAGAUCGAGAAUGUAGUUGGCAAACCAAAAAGCAGAGCAGAGAAGCUUCGGGGCGCGGAUAACUAGAUGAAAAUUAAGCAAAGACCAGCACUCCCUAUAUGUAAUAUAUAUGUAAUACACACGCGCCUGCCCCGCCGACAGUGUACACACAUCAAUAUAUCGGCUUGAUACACACAUACGCAGUUGCAUCAGCAUGCCCGACCGUGAUUCUGGAUCCGAUUCCGACGCUGGCCGAUCCAUGAAUCAGCAGCAACAGCAGCAGGCCGCGCGGCCCAAGCGGAACCGGCGCAUCAUCAUGCGGAUCGAAUUCAACGAUUCGGACGACACUGCCUCGGAUCCCGACCUCGACCAGCGGCCCUCUUGUUCAACGGCGGCGGCGGCGCGUCAUCUUCGCAGCACUCGUCGCCAGGAGGAGGUGGAAUCCAAUUCCGACUCGGAUGCAGUGCCUCGAAAGUCCACGCGCAAGCAGCGCAGUCGCUACGGGCCGCAGAGCGACUGUUCCACCAGCGGCAGUGAGAUCAAUCAACGACCCACGCGCAGCACCAGGCGGAAAAAGGUAGUGUCCACUGAGGAGGAGGAUGAGUCGGAGGAGGGUGUUUCCGCGGGGCGUACACUUCAGCGCACUACGGCUGAGCCAGAUCCCGGCUUCACUUCCGACAGCAGCAGCAACGAUUUGCUGGAGAAGUGCCCCAUCUGCCUGUUAACCUUUCGGCAGCAGGAGAUCGGCACGCCGGCAACCUGUGAGCAUGUUUUCUGUGCAGCCUGCAUCGAUGCCUGGUCGCGAAAUGUUCAAACCUGUCCAAUAGACCGAAUCGCGUUCGACCGGAUUGUGGUGAGGGAUUCCUACGCCAGUCGCAAAGUGGUGAGGGAGGUGAAAGUCGACUUGAGCAAGUCGAAGACUGAGUUGGCACUGGACGACGAGGCGGAGGGAGGCGCGACACUUCCGGAAGAGGACGUGACCAACUGUGAGAUCUGCGAUAGCCCGGAGCGCGAGGAUGUGAUGCUCCUUUGUGACAGCUGCAACCAGGGGUACCACAUGGACUGCCUGGACCCUCCGCUCCAUGAGAUUCCUGCUGGUUCCUGGUACUGCGAUAAUUGCAUUGAUUCCGAGGAUGAGGACCCCGACGAGCAACUGGAAUUGGCCGACGACUUGAGCCAACUGUACGAGGACAUUAGAGGCAUGGGCCUGCCCGAAACGCGCCUCCGGGUGCGAGAAGUUCAGCAACCGCCCAGGAUUCUACGCACGCGGCAGAACGAGCGCAUCCGGGCAGCGAUCCUGCGACGUACUCGAUCUGAUACUGCCUCAGCGGAAGGUUCCACCCAGACCCGCACGAGAACACGCACCACCACAACGACCACAACUACGACAACAACAACCCGACGCACCACGACUAGCACGACCAGAAGGUCCGCACCACGACGCCGCCGGAGAAGACCUCGCCACCGCACCUAUGUGGUGGAGUAUGAUCUAAACAACUUUGACGAGAAGUUUGCCUUGAAGACCAGCAAAAAGGUGAUCCGUCGACGUCGACGGCGCCGACGUCGUGUUGCUGCCACCGCCUCCAGUGAGGGGCCAGGACGCCGCCUUACCGCCAGCAAGCGAUUGGCCGAGCAGAUGGGUGUCAAGUCGGACGGAGUUCAUCGGUCGCAUCUGAGCGGUGGAACCGCCGCCAGCUUCACACUGUUUGGUAAUGCCAAUGACCUGGAAUACUUCUCGGACAGCGAGCCAGAUUGUGAUGGGGCGGCAUCUUCUUCCCUUGGUCUCGGCUCAACUGCAGUGCAAACCUCGGUACGCAUCGCUAGUGUCGGAGCACCACGCAUCCGGAAGGCACUGCUUCAGGGCAAAGCUCGCACGGCGGCCACUUCCUCCGCGUCGGCUUCAGCCGCAGCUGGAGACAUUUUGUCCUCCAUUUUAGAGCUGCAGGAUCGCUGGCACGACGCUUCGCGGAACUUGAGCGAUGUGCAUAUUCGACCGGAUGGCAGUCUAAAUCUUCCCCCAAAAGUGGCGGCGCCUGCCGCAGCACCGGCGGAGCACGUUACCCAGGCGCCGCUGUACCAGCGCGGAGGAGCAGGACCCAAUUUCAGCAGAGGUGGUGGAGCCGGCGGCGGCGAAAACUACAACAAUCGCUACAGCGGAAAUAACAGCUACAGGGGCGGUGGCGGAGGCUCGAGCGCUGGUGGAGGAGCAGUCCAAUCAACCGGCGGCAGCGGAGAUGGAUCACCGGCUGGCGGUUUCAGUAAUCAAAACUUUAGCAGCCCCGGCGCCAACAACAGUAACACGAAUGUAACUAGCUUCACACCCUUCCACCUGCGCUUCAAUACGCCCAAUCGCCAGCAACAGCAGCAGCAUCGCCAGCAGAACAUGCCACCUGUCAACCAGCCAAACAGCUCACCUUUCCGCGGAAGUGCGCCACCAGUGGCGCCGGCGCCGGCACCGCUAGCGCCCUCCAACACCUUUCCCGGACCAACUCCGCUUUUUGGUCCGCCUCCUACCGUCAACCACCAUGCGGCGGUACCGGCUAUGGGCAUGCCACCAGUGUUAACGGUACCACCUCCGCCCACGCCACCCGCCAGCCUUUCGUGGAACAAUCCGAUUUUCAAGAUAAACACAAUGCGAGCAGACGAAGAUGCCGACAACUGUCCCAACUUUUCGAUUUACUCGCAAGCUUCUCAGGCGGUGGCCAAUGCGUCGGCGGGAGUGCCGUAUGGUCCGGCAGCCGAGGAGCCCGAUAAGGUUACUCAGGAAGAUGAUGACAUGAAUGAGGAUUUAGUACAAUUAGACGACGAUGAUGACGAUGAGGACAAUGACAUACCAUUGCCACUGGGACCCGAGCCCGAACCUGUGCCCGAAAAGGUUAAUGAUGAUCUGUACGAGCCGGAGAAUCCAACAGAUGAACCAGAUGAAGCGGACGAAAACGAAAAAUCGAAUAGCGAUGGUGUGCCUAUGAAUGAGUCAGAAUUAUCCGAUCACGACGACGGCAACAGCAACUCCCGCAUGACAGAAGCUCCUCAACCAGAGGAGGGGGAGGAGACUAAGACGCGCAGCACUCCCAGUCCGGCGGUUAAGGAAGAUCGAGUGGCGGACCGAGACCGGGCAAAGGGUGUACUGGAACUGUACGACGAUAGCGACUGGGAGGAGUUGGACAUUGACAAGCCCAAGGAGUUCGAAAAGGCGCUGGAUACAGGGGCGGAUGAUACUCCCAAGCCACCUGCUUCCAAAAAGUCAGCACCCAAGAAGGAUGGCAAUGCCAGCGGCAGCGAGCACGAACAAGAUCGCUCCUACACACCCUGUUUGGACGAGAAGAUUUUGGGCGAUGGCGAGGAGGAGGCGCCAGGGGCUGAUAAAAAGAACGAAGCCACCAGCAGUCCAAAUUCCCAUUCCUCCAAACCAUCCGACGACGAGGGGGAGGAACCGAAUCGGGCGCCGGCUAUAGGCACGGAUAUUGUGUCCGAGGACGACCUGACGAACGAAAACGAAUCAAAGCGGCGCAGUCGUAGCCGCAGUCGUCGUCGGAGCCCCAGUCGCAGCCGCAGCCGCAGUGUUAGCCAAGGAGGAUCCGUCACCAAGUCGAAGACGCGUUCGAAACGCAACAAGGAAGAGUCGUUCAAGAAGGUGGGCAAGCGGCAGAAGGAUCGCAACUACCGAGUCGAUAAGCCGCCGACGGAACGUAACUCUCGUUCGGGUUCGCGAAGUCGCUCGCGACAGAGUCGCUCCAAAAGCCGGAAGCGCAGCAAGAGCGGCAGUCAUAGCAGGAGUAGGAGUAAAAGCAAGAGCAGGAGCCGAAGCAGGAGUAGGAGCAGGAGCCGGAGUCGCUCGCCCAGUCGCAAUCGAAACCGACGUCGUCGUGGCAGCCGCUCUAAAUCCUAUUCACGUUCUCGGUCCCGAUCCCGCGAUCGCUCCCACUCGCCUGGUCGUCACAGGAUGGCCUUCCGUGGACGUGAUUACCAGCGCGGCUUUGUGCGAGGUCGUGGAGGCCUGCGCUUCAAUUACCGCAACCAGCAGUUUCACAACAGGCCGUUCCAGCAUUAUGGAAACCAAAACCAUCACCACAAUCAGCAGCACUUCCACCACCAGAACCAGCACCAUGGCCAGCAUUACUUCCAGCAGCACCACCAUGGCCAGCAGUUCUUUCAGCGUCCCAAGCGACGGGAAAUGCCUCGCUACGAUGUCCGCAAUGUGGUGGGAGCAUCGAGGCACCACCAGCCGCACGCCAAGGAUCGUUAUGGUCGCGAUGCCACGCGCUCGGGUAGAAGCCGUUCGCCAAGGCGCAGCUCGCGGAGUUUCUCGCGCAGCGUGUCGCGUGGCUCGAGGGGAGGUUCGAUUCGCUCGCGAUCUGGUUCCCCCAAGCGGUUCCGAAGCUUCAGCAUGUCGCCAACACCGCCGCCGGGUACAAGUCCCUCUCCGCACAAGCAAGGUGGCAAUCGUCGAUCCUCUCCAGGCAGACGCUAUGCCCAAUCGCCCUCCCCUCUGCCGCCCCCUGCCAUUGGAGGACGUAGUCCCGAGUCACUGCACUCCCGCGGAGCACGAUCGGUCACCCCCAAUCGUAUCAAUGGAGCAGUCAUCAAUCGGUCCCCACUAUAUCUUGGUUCGCCGCGUUACACGCCUCGGCUGAGUCGAAGCAGAAGCAGGAGCCGCUCCAAGAGUCCCAAGGAUGCGCCCAAGAAAAAGAAAAAUAAGUCGGACAAGAAGAAGAAGAGCAAGAAGAGGGCCGGCAGCGGCAGUCCAACGGCGGCCGCCAGGAUGCGACGAAUUUCACGGCAACGUGAUCCCUUUGAAGACGUCGACGACUUCCUGGCGCCGCAAAGAAAGCGCAAGAAGGGAGGUAUGGGUACUGGCCAGUGGUCGCCAUCGCCGUCGCCCGGUCGCUGCGAUUUCCUGCACGACGGCGGCUGCCAGGAAAAGAACUCUUCUUGGACGCCGCCCCUGGAAUCGCCCAAGGGCGCCAGUGGCCACUACGAAAAUGAUGGUGGAGGACUGUCGCCGAAAAAGUCCAAGCGCAAGCGUGACAAAAGCAAAAAGAAGAAGAAACAGCAACCGCUGGAGAAGCAGCGCAAGGAGAAAAAGCGAAAGCGACGCACUCAGACGCCAGAGCCCCUGCCCUCCAAGGAGGUCUUCGCCUCAGGUAAUAACAUUCUGGUGAGCGUGAGCUUUAACAAGGAGGCAACGAACAGUGGCAACGCCAUCUCCUCACUGAACUCCCAGCAGCAGCAGCAGCCGUCAUCGAUGGUGACCAUGCCUUCCAUCAGGGACGAACUUUUGAGUACGCGCAUGACUUCCAUGGGCAACAACAGUUUGGCCAGUGUAGUGGGAGCUAACAAGAAGGGAAAGAAGGAAAAGUUGCGCAAGCGCAAGAAACUGGAGGCCAAGCCGGUGGCCAUCAUCGACCUGGAACGCUCGCCUUUCCAGGUCCACCAGGAGCCAGCGGAUGUUAUUGUGCUAACAGACAGCGAGGAUGCGGCUGACCAGAUCUCAAUGAGGAGAGACAGAGAUAGGGAUAGGGAUCACGACAUAAUGAGAGAGAAUGGCCAAAGAGAGAAGACCCCGCAGGUCAAUUCCCUGGAGACAAUCAUGGAGACGUCUUACGAGAACAUGACGCAGUCCACCGGCCCCAAGACGCCACCGGAGCCGCCGCUGGUCAAGUUCAGCCUGCCCAACAAAAAGCUGCAGCAGCAGCACAAGGUGCGCAGCAAUCCGCUUCAUGACGACGCCGACGACAUUAACUCGGCGGACGAAUUGGAGGCGGCUGCUGAGGAGGCUUCAGCUCAGCAUGGCCACAGCAGUCACGAUGGUGGCCAGAAGAUUGGUCCGAACACGCCCCCGGAGUCGGGUCCGUGCUCGCCGGAUGCCUACGAUCCCUUUGAGCCGACCAAGUCUCCCUCCCUCUCGCCGCGAUCACCGACACCCACCCAGGGUCAGACCCUGGACAAGCAGCAGGUGACCAGCAUGCCGGGGAGCAGUGCAGCUGGUUCUGGGUCUGGUGACAAGGGCGAAAACGAUGCCGCUCAGGCGACUGUGUCAAAUGCCAGCACCAGUACCCAGACCCAGACCAGCGUCAUCAAUCCUGUGGAUCUGGUGAUGGCGCUGAUGAACAAACCCAACCAAAGCGGUGCCGCCAACCAGCAGGAGAGCGAGGUGAGCUCCGCCCAGUACAUCAGUAGCAGCUCCAUCAGUCUCUCUGUUGGCGUUGGAUCCAGCACUGGCGGCGGCGGAGGAGCUGGUGGCGGAGGUGGCGACAACCAUGACAAGGCUUCCGAUGGCAAUUCCAUCACCGUUCUUUCUAACGUAUUGCUCACGAGCAGCAGCGUGGUGUCCAGCUCACAGCACAUACCCUCGAUUUCCAGUCCCACGCCGCUCUCAAAGAAGCUUACCCCACUGCCCAAGGGCGGUGGCAGUGUGGCCAGCAGCAGCAGUGGCAUUGGGAAUCUGCCAACCACGAGUGGAGGCGGCGUAGUGGGUAGCGGUAACAUUGGCGGCCUGCGGAAUGGAAGCGGCAGCGGAAAUACCGGAGGUUCGGCCAAUGCCCUAGAUGACUCGUUUAACAUGGAUAUUGAGAGCCCCUAUUCGCCGGGUUCAGCCGACUACGAGGAUCUCUUCGAGCCACCCAGCCAGCUGGAGGGCGGCCGACGGUCGAAGGGGGGAGCUGGCAAGACGGAGAUGUUCGAUAACCUGUUCGGGAGCAGUUCGCCCGUGGGCAACAUCCGGGUAACAUCGCGCUACAACUCGGGCAAAAAGUACCGCAACAAGGGUGACCGCAAAUCGAAAACAAAAGGUGGAAGAAUCCCUGAUUCUUAUGACGAUGUGCCCAAUUCGGCCAUGGAUCUGCAAAACAAGGAUAGAUUUUUACGCAAGCUAAAUCGACAGGAGCGUGUGGUGGAGGAAGUGAAGUUAGUUUUGAAGCCGCACUUUAACAAGAAGGCGAUUACCAAGGAGGACUACAAGGACAUUAUGCGAAGAGCUGUGCCCAAGAUCUGCCACAGUCGGUCUGGUGAAAUCAAUCCACACAAGAUUAAAAAUCUUAUUGACGCCUAUGUAAAGAAAUUCCGGGCGAAGCACAAGAAGUUGAGUCUCCUCAACACGGGACAGGUCAGCAGUGCGGUCAAGUGUGCCGCCUAUCUAAAGAAGCUAUAAGCCAGCAAGCAUGAGAGCGAGCAAGCGCCUAGGAUCAGGCACUUUUGGAUAGAAAAAUCGAAAGAAUUUUGUGGUCGCAUGCAUUCCUACAGCCUAACCAUCAUCAAAUUUCAAAUCAAAUAUAAUCACCGGCCGCGAUCGAAGGAGAUGUGGAAAAGUAAAGGGAAACCACUCAUAAACUGUCAUUAUAACUAUUGGAAUUUAGUUGUUAAGUCAAUUUUAGGUCACAUUACGAAUGAUUUUUAGAGCGUAAGCGAAACACCGAGAAAGAGAGAGAUGUGAGAAGUAUUUAAGAGUAAGCAGAAGCAACCUUUGCCACCCAAUAUUUUCAUUUUUACCCAAAGCACUACACACAAAAACACUUUAUUUAUAUAUCAAGACUAGUUCAUUAGAUUGUUUAUUCGUAUGACACCCUGUAAUGAUAAUAUUGUAACUGUGCUCUGCAGUUAAAAUAACCAAUUGUAAGUAGUCGAGUGAUGAAGGCAAAACUAAUUGUAUUUUACCUCUGAUAAUUUAAAAAUAUUUAAAUUAAAACACAUUUGAGAAACCUAAUUGAUGGCCCAAACCAGCAACACCAUUGGCCUGCAUGGACAUCUCGUGGUGUCGCCAAUGCAAUGGAGUACUUUUCUUGAGACGGUAGAGCGUGUUGUAUCGAACGAUUGUAAUUAUGUAUUCAUAUACGAAAACUGCACAGACAGUUGGGCAGUUUAUUUAUUCAAACACUUGAUUUCGCAUAGUCCGCUGUCAGUCAUGAUUUUUAAAUAAAGAGUAAGGUAUAUUGAAAUAUACAAUUAAUACAUACACGAAUUGUGCUAAAUCGUUUUGUAAAUAUAUCCAUUUAAAUAAAAAUAAAAGCGACCAUUAA